GAUGAUUGUGAGUGUCCAUGUUGGUGCUGGGAAUCAAUCCCAAGUGCCCCGGAAGAGCAACCAGUGCUCUUAGCCAUUGCCAUCUCUCCCGCCCUGAGAGAUCUCUGAGAAGGCAUUUUUUGUACUGUGGGGUAUUCAUUGUGAAUUGAAUUAUUGUUCAAAACCAUUAAUUAGCCAGCAUGAUAACACAUGUUUAGUCUCAGCAUUUGGAAAGAAGAGGCAUGUGGAUUUCUGAGUUCAAGACCAGUCUGACCUACAUAGUGACUUCCAGACCACCCUUGGUCUACAUAGACCCUAUCUCCAAAAGAGAAAGAAAAGAAAGCCUCACAAAAAUCCAACAUUUUUAAAAACCCUGUUUGUUCUACUUUAUAGACUGUAAAAAGAUUUAAAUGCAUAGGACCUGGUUUUGAUCUCUAGUACUGAGAGAGAAAAGAUUUAUUUAAAGAAGAUUUUCACUCUUUUCAAAGUAUUUUUUAUGGCCAGACAUGCUGGCACAUGCCCAUAAUCCCAGCACUUAGGAGUAGAUGCAGGAAGAUGAAGACUUCAAAAUCACCCUUUGAGACAUAAUGAGUUCAAAGCCAGCCUGAGCUUCAUGAGACCCUGUCUCUAAAACUAAAACAAAGAAGAAAACCCAGCAACAACAACCCAUGUAAUGAUUUUAGGACGCUCACGCCCAGGUGAGACGAGCUGUUGUGAAGCUCCCCAUCCUGGUGCUGCCUGUGGCACUCUUGCUGUUCACUGGGAACAAAGUCCCGCUUCUACCUGCACUUACUACAACUCACCUGACAGCUUUGAGAAAUGCCCUAAGUACUGUUCUCAGAAAGUCCCCCUUUGGGGCCUGUGAGAUGGCUUAACAAUUACAGGAGCCUGCUGCCAAGCUUGACAGCUUGAGUUCAACCCCCAGGAGAGAGCAACUUCAGCAACUUGUUCUCUGACCUCUACAUGGGUGCCCAAAUGUGCACACACAUACACACAACAUAGAAAUAUUUGCAUUAAAAAAGUCCUCCUUUGCCUUAAUUUCUCAAAUCAUUUUCCUCUAUCACCCUUCCGUGCUUGUGGGAUGACAGAUGAGUUUACAUUAAGCAGCUGUCUUGCACACUGAGACAACCCCUUGGCAGUGUUUCGGCUUUGUCUUUUAUAGAUUCUACUUGUAAAAUGUCUUUUCUGGCACUCUUCUCCAUGCCCCUGUACUUCCCUAGUGUUUCUUAUGCUCCUGGUGUCACUUCUGGUUCCUUUCUUUUUUGAAAAACCAGGGACCCAGGUUAGUGUGAUGGCAGCAUGGCAGACUUCAGGCUCUUCUGAUACCAGCUCCUUGUGAGAAGGUGUUGUCACAUGAAACAACAGUUUACAAACACAUCACCUAGUGGAGGGUAAAUCUGAAAGUUAUACAGAGUUGUGGAGCAAACCACCAUGUAACCUAGUGGCUUAAAACAGUACCAUUUACCAUUCCUCCUGAGUCUACUGCUUGAUGGGUAUUGCUGCUGCUCUUAGCAGACCUGAUUGCAGCUGGGCUCACUCACAGAUCUCAUCAGCUGACUCCCUUUUAUCCAAGUCCUUCCUAUGGGACAGGAGUCUGGCCAUUCCCUCAUGGUGUGGCAAAGGCACAAACAAAAUCAUGGCAGGCCUUCCAUGCAAAGAUACAAGAAGUACAUAUACUAUUCAGAUUGGUGCUAUCAGCAUAUCUGCUAACAUCCUGUUAGCCCAAAGGAAGUGACGGGGCCAUGUGCAGAGUCAGUGGAAGGAGACAAGAGUUGGAAAAUAGAGGAAAACUAUUCAUUGGGGCUAUAAAUAUAAUUAGAUUCCCAGUUAGGACCCCAAUAUGAAAGGAAGCUUUCAAACUUAGAUGACUGGAUCACAUUUGUGUAGGGGGAAGAAAUUGGCCAAGUAAUGAUCUGAGCUAUGGCCUGUAGCAUUGUACACAUCUCUGCAAGGUGGGUAGGAAGCAGAGCUCAGAGAAGUUAAAUAACUUGCUCAAGGUCGUCGGCUGAUCCAGGGUGAGGCUGAGAUGAGAUUGUACGUCUGUCUGGCCCGGAGUUUUGGUUCUUUUCAGCACCCUUACUCAGAAGAGACGAGCACCAGGGUCUGUCUUCCUGCUUGUUUACCAUGUCUGCAAGCCCAUCUCUAAAAUCCCACUGCAGUCCAGAAACCACAUGUCUGUUGUCCUUCCAGGUUCCCCCCACCUCCAGUCAGUCUGUGCAGACUUGUUGCCUGCUGUGUCACCGCGAGCGCAAAGGCUGGGAAGAAGGCCCUUCACAAAAUGGACUGGUGUUGCAGGGUGAGAAGCUGCCCCCUGACUUCAUGCCAAAGCUCGUGAAGAACCUCCUAGGCGAGAUGCCUCUAUGGGUCUGCCAGAGUUGCCGAAAGAGCAUGGAGGAAGAUGAAAGGCAGACAGGUCGAGAACAUGCAGUGGCGAUUUCCUUGUCACAUACACCCUGCAAAUCACAGUCUUGUGGGGGUGACUCUCAUUCAUCCUCGUCUUCUUCUUCAUCAUCCUCAUCUUCCUCCUCUUCCUGCCAUGGCAACUCAGGGGACUGGGAUCCCAGCUCGUUCCUGUCAGCACAUAAGCUCUCAGGCCUCUGGAAUUCCCCACACUCCAGCGGGGCUGUGCCAGGCGGCUCACUUGGGAGUCCUCCUGCCAUCCCUGGUGAGGCUUUCCCUGUCUCGGAGCACCACCAGCACUCAGACCUCACUGCUCCCCCAAACAGCCCUACCGGCCACCCCCCACAUCCAGCAUCUCUGAUUCCUUCUCACCCCAGCUCUUUCAGCUCACCGUCCCACCCACAUGUGUUGCCCUCCACCCCGGCAGCACCUUUCCCUGCCCAGGCUUCAGAGUGCCCUGUGGCUACUGCCACUGCCACCCACCCCCCAGGGCCUUGUCAGAGCCCCCAUCUGCCCUCCACCAGCAUGCCACUCCUGAAGAUGCCUCCACCAUUCUCUGGGUGCAACCACCCCUGCAGCGGGCACUGCAGUGGGCACUGCGGUGGGCCUCUCCUCCCACCACCAAGCUCGCAGCCACUCCCUAGCACUCACAGCAGGGACCCUGGGUGCAAGGGGCACAAAUUUGCACACAGUGGCCUGGCCUGUGAGGCAGAUGAGGGUCUGGGCGAGGAAGAGGAUAGCAGCUCUGAGCGCAGCUCUUGCACCUCGUCCUCCACCCACCCACGCGAUGGGAAGUUCUGUGACUGCUGCUACUGUGAGUUCUUCGGCCACAAUGCGCCACCCGCUGCCCCGACGAGUCGGAAUUAUACUGAGAUCCGGGAGAAACUCCGCUCGAGGCUGACCAGGCGAAAAGAGGAGCUGCCCAUGAAGGGGGGCGCCCUGGGCGGGAUCCCUGGGGAGCCUGCGGUGGACCACCGAGAUGUGGAUGAGCUGCUGGAAUUCAUCAACAGCACGGAGCCCAAAGUCCCCAACAGCGCCAGGGCUGCCAAGCGGGCCCGGCACAAGCUGAAAAAGAAGGAAAAAGAGAAGGCCCGGUUGGCAACAGGCACUCUGAAGCAGGUGAAUCGUGUUUCUGGAAGCCAGGAGCUAAGGCCUGCCCAGGAGAGGCUCCUAGAGUGGCCUGACCAGGAACUGGACCGGGUCAAUAACUUCUUGAGCAGCCGCUUGCAGGAGAUCAAGAGCACCGUCAAAGACUCCCUCUGUGCCAGCUUCAGCAUGUGUGAGCUCAACCUGGAUAGCAGUGGCUUUAAGGAGGAGGGGACUGUGGAACCUCAGUCCCAGACUCUAACCCCUUCAGACCUCAAUGGCUCUUCUGAGCAACAGCCUGAUAUCAACCUUGACCUGUCCCCUUUGACUUUAGGCUCCCUUCAGAGCCACACAUUACAAGCUCCAAGUGAGCCAGUUAUACCAUGGGCAGAAAGAAAAGCCCCUCACCCAGCAUGGACAGAGGUACGGGGUCCCCCUCCUGGUACCCCUGAGAAUGGGCUCGUGAGACGACUCAACACUGUGCCCAACUUGUCCCGGGUGAUCUGGGUCAAGACACCAAAGGCAGGCAACCUAAGCUCUGAGGAAAGUUCGAAGGAAGUUCCCAGUUGCAAGCAGGAGCCAGUUGAGCCUGUGGCCACAAGUGGGAAGCAAAGAAAGAGCAAGAGACAGGGAAGUCAAGCAAAGAAGAGUGAGGCUGGUCCGGCCUCCUGGCCUCCAGGCAACCUAGAGGCGCCCAGUGCCAAGAGCCAGACAUCUAGCUCCAAGCAGCCAGGCAAGGCCCCAGAGCCUGCCAAAGUGGGUAAUUGUGCAGAACCUGGAGAGGGCAGCCGGGGGAGCCGACCAGGACCAAGUUGGACUGACAACCCCAAAACUGAGAAGAAGGGUAGUUCCUGGCAGAACUGGCCAGGUGAGGCCAAGGCACGGACUCUGGAGCAGGAAUCUGUGCAGACCCCAGGCCCAGCAAGGCCACAGAGCUUGUCCCAGGGCAAAGGCCGCAGCCGCCGGAGCCGCAAGCAGGAGAAGUCAGCCUCCUCCUUGGACGAUGUGUUCCUGCCCAAGGACAUGGAUGGGGUGGAGAUGGAUGAGACAGACCGCGAGGUGGAGUAUUUCAAGAGGUUCUGUUUGGAUUCUGCAAAGCAAACUCGUCAGAAAGUUGCUGUGAACUGGACCAACUUCAGCCUCAAGAAAACCACUCCUAGCACAGCUCAGUGAGGCAGAGACCUCAGCUGCCCUGCCAGGUCGACUUCAGGUCAUCUCAAGGCCCCACUCAAGCUGCAGAUGUAGUUUCUCCUCCUCCUUCCACCUGACUUGACCCUCCCUGCUCCCACCACCUUGACCAACCAAAAGCGGAACGGAUGCCAUGCUGUGCGGGGCCUUUCAGGACCUCAGCAGAGCUGCUUCCUGGUGCUAUGCAGCCUUGACACUCAGAGCCCAGGGAUGGGCUGGCCUGUGAGCCAAGGGCUGAUGGGACUGCUGGCCCAACACUGCUCUCUUUGUGUUUGAUUUUGUUUGUUUUGUUUUUUUUAAUUCUUUACUUUUGAUACUGUGAAUAUCUUUCAUGUGGAAAGAUAAAGCAACAUUUGAACACAGAA